UGGUAAAUCAAUACUUAAUAUCUUCUAUCCUUCUGUCACUAUUCAAAAAUAAUCGAAACUCAACAAUGCAAAUUCCAACAUCAACCUUUUGGUUAUUUUUUGUAUCUUACUCAACUCAACUAAUUGCAAACAUUUCUGCAGUUACAUGGGGUGAAGCUGUGUCAAUUCGAAACAAAAGUGACCUUGUGAAUAACUUCAUAGUAAAUGGAGUGAGAAGUCCUCCCCGAAAUUUCUUCGUGAAGGUGCGACUUCUGGGAUCGGGCGGACUGUUUUGCGGGGGGUCUAUAAUAGCCAAUAAUUGGAUCCUUACAGCCGCGCAUUGUAUUCAUAACUACUAUGUCAAUGAGUUACUAGUGGAAGUCAGAGAGUUCGACAACAUCCAGAGUGGGAGGGAAAGUCACUACGUCGUUUCAAAAUACAUUCAUAGGAACUUCCAAUUGUCAUCUGAACCGAACUACAACUUUGCUCUACUGAAGCUUAGAUCACCAAUCGCUAAUUCAUUCAGUAGACCAAUACCCAUUUGUGAUGAAGAGCUGCCCGAGGGCACACCGCUAGCCACUUGUGGUUUGGGGUCGACAUCAACUCAGAAGAACCUGACCAUUUCGAAUGUACUCAUGGAGACGUACUUAUUCGAAACUAAAAGGAUUGCAGGUAUGCCUGUGGGAAUGGACUGGUGCGCAGCCGACAAAAUCUGCACCCAGCCAAUGUUCGAGGGGAGUAACAUAUGUGCGAUGGAUGACGGGGGACCCCUGUACAAACUAGCAUGCGAAACACGAGUACCUGAGUGCCUCUAUGGUGUAGUUAGCCAUUCGAGAUCCAAAUACGUACAAGGGCAGGAGUUCCAGAGGUGCAACGGGGGUAGUUUCUUCGCGAAUGUGCCACGGGUGAUCAGGUGGAUUGUUGCGGUGAUCGGUAGCAGCGAGACACGCGGUGCCUCUCCAGCUAAUUAUGAGCCUAUAAGAGUUCUGGAAGUGCCGCGGCCGUCGUGGGGUUGGCCCAAUCGGAACUGACUAGUGUAAGCACUUAUUUGAACGGAGUAAAUUGUAUAACAAAUA